UUGUCGUAGGCUUCGUUGCAGCCUGAGGAGGAAGAGGAGGCGUGCUCGCUUUGUCGCGUGGGUGUUGGCACCAUGUUGAAAGUGAUGAAGCCAAUGAGGAUGACAGCCAGCGACACCAGGUAGAGUCCAGAGAACUAAGUAAAGUCCAAUAGAAGCAGUUUGAGACCGAGUCAGCUGUGGCGUGAUUCUCGCGAGAUUCUGCGAGGUGAUAAGUUGAAGAAACAUGGCGGCGUCUAAUUUGUUAAAGAACAAGGGGUCCCUGCAGUUUGAGGACAAGUGGGAUCUGAUGAGACCCAUCGUUCUCAAGCUACUCAGACAGGAGGCCGUCACCAAACAACAGUGGUUCGACUUGUUCUCAGACGUCCAUGCUGUGUGUUUAUGGGAUGAUAAAGGACCAGCCAAGAUCCAUCAAGCCCUCAAAGAAGACAUCCUAGAUUUUAUCAAACAAGCACAGGCUCGGGUGCUGAGCCAUCAGGAUGACACAGCACUGCUCAAAGCCUACAUUGUGGAGUGGAGGAAGUUCUUCACCCAGUGUGACAUUCUACCCAAACCUUUCUGUCAGCUGGAGAUCACGCUGAUGGGCAAACAGGGUAGCAACAAGAAAUCCAACGUGGAGGACAGCAUCGUUCGCAAGCUGAUGCUGGACACAUGGAAUGAGUCAAUCUUUUCCAAUAUUAAGAGCCGCCUGCAGGACAGCGCCAUGAAACUGGUGCACGCUGAAAGGCUGGGGGAGGCCUUUGACUCCCAGCUCGUCAUAGGAGUGCGAGAGUCAUACGUGAACCUGUGUUCAAACCCAGAGGACAAGCUGCAGAUCUACAGGGAUAACUUUGAGAAAGCCUACCUGGACUCCACAGAGCGGUUCUACAGAACACAGGCGCCGUCCUACCUGCAACAGAACGGCGUCCAGAACUACAUGAAAUAUGCAGACGCAAAGCUGAGGGAAGAAGAGAAGAGAGCCCUUCGAUAUUUGGAGACACGGCGUGAAUGUAAUUCUGUUCAGGCACUUAUGGAAUGUUGUGUGAAUGCUCUGGUGACCUCGUUCAAAGAGACCAUACUGGCUGAAUGUCCAGGGAUGAUCAAGCGCAAUGAGACAGAGAAGCUGCACCUGAUGUUCUCCCUCAUGGACAAGGUUCCCAGUGGGAUCGAACCUAUGCUUAAAGACCUUGAAGAACAUAUCAUCAAUGCUGGACUAGCAGACAUGGUGGCUGCUGCUGAGACUAUCACUUCUGACUCGGAGAAGUACGUGGAGCAGUUGUUGACGCUGUUCAAUCGUUUCAGUAAACUGGUCAAAGAGGCUUUUCAGGAUGACCCUCGUUUCCUCACAGCCAGAGACAAGGCCUACAAAGCUGUUGUCAACGAUGCCACAAUCUUCAAACUGGAGCUGCCUAUGAAACAGAAAGGUGUGGGGAUGAAGACCCAGCCUGAGUCAAAGUGUCCUGAGCUGCUUGCAAAUUACUGUGACAUGCUGCUGAGGAAAACCCCUCUCAGCAAGAAACUCACCUCAGAAGAAAUUGAGCUGAAGCUCAAGGAAGUGCUCCUGGUGUUGAAGUACGUCCAGAACAAAGAUGUGUUCAUGCGUUACCACAAAGCUCACCUGACAAGACGUCUCAUUCUGGACAUUUCAGCAGAUAGCGAGAUUGAAGAGAAUAUGGUGGAGUGGCUGAGGGUGAGUCACAGGAGGCUUUACUGUCGUUUAGGCCUAAUGACCCAAAAAGGUUUGUACAGAAAGUCUUGCAGGAGAUUUGUCCUUUUAGAAGUUGCUGCUCUACAAGACAUCAAAGUGGUAAAUAUAACGUUUGAAAUGAGUGAACGUGGUCAGCUCACUGUGUGUUGGCAGGAAGUCGGGAUGCCCGCUGAUUACGUCAACAAGUUGGCCAGAAUGUUCCAGGACAUCAAGGUCUCAGAGGACCUGAAUCAGGUCUUCAAAGAGAUGCAUAAACACAACAAGCUGGCACUACCAGCGGAUAGUGUGAACAUCAAGAUCCUGAACGCUGGAGCUUGGUCGCGGAGCAGUGAAAAGGUUUUUGUCUCGUUGCCCACGGAGCUGGAAGACCUGAUUCCUGAGGUGGAAGACUUCUACAAGAGGAAUCACAGCGGUCGCAAACUACACUGGCAUCACCUCAUGUCCAACGGCAUUAUCACAUUUAAAAACGAGGUGGGUCAGUACGACCUGGAGGUGACGACCUUCCAGCUGGCUGUGUUGUUCGCUUGGAACCAGAGACCCAGGGAGAGAAUCAGCUUUGAGAACCUCAAACUGGCCACAGAGCUUCCAGAUGCAGAGCUGCGCCGAACACUCUGGUCUCUGGUUGCCUUCCCUAAGCUAAAGAGACAGGUACUGUCAUACGAGCCUCCAGUUAGUUCUCCCAAAGACUUCACAGACAGCACGCUCUUCUACGUCAACCAGGAGUUCUCUCUCAUCAAAAACGCCAAAGUCCAGAAGCGAGGGAAGAUCAAUCUGAUUGGUCGGCUCCAGCUGACCACAGAGCGCAUGCGAGAGGAGGAGAACGAAGGAAUCGUUCAGCUCAGGAUACUCAGAACUCAGGAGGCAAUCAUUCAAAUCAUGAAGAUGAGGAAGAGGAUUAGCAAUGCCCAGCUGCAGACGGAGCUUGUGGAGAUCCUGAAGAACAUGUUUUUGCCUCAGAAGAAGAUGAUUAAGGAGCAGAUUGAGUGGCUUAUCGAACACAAGUACAUCAAAAGGGAUGAGGCAGACAUCAACACCUUCAUCUACAUGGCCUAGGCAGCGUCCAGGGCUGUCCUUGUGCUGUUUUUUUACUCCUGUCUUGCGAUCGGCGCUUUAAACACCUGCGAGAGGAAGACGAACAAGGAACAAAGGACAAAGGUUUGACGGAAUGCAGCGAGGUGAUACGUAGGGACAGUGGAAGAGGAGCCUGGCCAGCACACGUGUGGAUAUUUGUUUGUGCCUGUCAGAUGCCAGUGUGUUACGAGUGUCAGUGGGCUGUGUGUGUCUCUGCUGCCCUCUAAUGCCGCAUCAGACAAGUGGGACAACAGUGUGCUCUGUCUGCGUCAGCGUAGGACAGAAAAAUAGUGACAUACUAAAUGAAAUACUUCCUGCCUUACCCUCAUCAGCAAUGGACCAGAGCAAAAGAGGGAAAGCAGGGGACACGUGUACCAAGGUGACAUCAAUUUUUGCUUUCACCUGCCAUAGCUGCCGUUCUAGUGGCGGCCAUUUGCUUCCCUCUUGUUCUCCGUUGUUCUGAUUUUACAGAGGGAAUGUGAAAAGCUGCUGAAGACAAGGAGACACGGAUGGAGUGACUGUUUCAAACUACCGAGGAGUAUUUGUGCCAAAAUGCGAGUGUGUGUGCGUGUUUGGGCUGUGGAAGCAUGGUGUGUGUCUAGUCAUUCAGAUGUGUGUGUAUGUGCACUUUCAACAGCAUGCUGCUCUAUGAUUUAUUUUUUCCGUCCAGCAGAGGAUCAGUUAUACUUUGUUGGAAAAUGAAGAUCAGCAACCAGUUAAAUGCUGAUUCUUCUGAAUGGCGAAGUUGAUCAGGAUAUUGGUGAAGACCUUGUGACCUGUUCUUGGACAAUUAUCAUACUGCAAACUAUUUAUUUGGUGUGUUAAAACCUUUGCUCUGAACAAUGUGCGAAUAAAUAUUAAAAGAAUCCAUGAAGAGAGA